AUGGCUUUGAACUCCAAGACAAGUGAUGUUCAGAUUCAUGUCCUAAUGGUGGCUUUUGCAGCGCAAGGACACAUCAACCCUUUGCUAAGAUUCGCCAGAAGGUUACUUCCAAAGGGCAUCCACGUGGCGUUGGCCACAACCGAGACAGCCAAACGCCGCAUGCUCGCGUCGGAAACCGCAAUCGCAAACGCCGAUAACACCGCUGUUAUUGCUGGUUUCGAUGUUUUCUUCUUCUCCGAUGGAUUUGGCUCAGACUUCGACAGGAAGGCCAAUAUGGAUCAUUACGUGGAGAAUUUCGGGUCGUUUGCAUCGGUUAGUCUCUCUAAUAUCAUCGAAGAACACUACCUUAGCAAGAACAAGAAGCUUUCUUGCAUCGUCAGCAACCCUUUUGUUUCUUUUGCUGUCGAUGUUGCUGACAAGUACGAUAUCCCCAGUGCCUUGCUCUGGAUCCAACCUUGUGCUCUCUUCUCGACUUAUUACCAUUACUUCAACGAUCUCAACGAGUUUCCCGCUGAUUCUGACGUGGUGAUACCGGGUUUGCCACGGCUGAGAAGACAGGACUUGCCUUCGUUUGUGGUCAACUCGUCUGGAGGAUUGUCCAAGUUGUUCCGCUGCGUGUUUCAGAACAUGAAGAAAUACAAAUGGGUAUUCGCCAAUUCCUUCGUGGAGCUCGAGAAGGAAGCCAUUGAUGCUAUGAACAACGUCUUCCCGGUUCAACCCGUCGGUCCAUUGAUCUCUCCUUCACUGCGGAACCAGGAACAAACAACCCUAGAUUCCCAAAUCGAGAUGUGGAAGCCUGACGAGACGUGCUUAGAGUGGUUAGACAAGCAAGAACCAUCAUCUGUUAUCUACGUUUCUUUCGGAAGCAUUCUCGAACUUUCGGCCAAACAAAUGGAGGAGAUAGCAACAGCCCUAAAGAACUUGAAGGCUCCAUUCAUUUGGGUCGUGAAGAAACCAGAGUUUCCAUCGGAAGAUCGAAAAGGUGAGCUGCCACUAGGGUUCUUAGAAGAAACCAAAGAUCAAGGAAUAGUAGUGUCAUGGAGUCCACAAACAAAGGUUUUAGCCCAUCCAUCCACCGGAUGCUUUGUAACACACUGCGGAUGGAAUUCAUUGCUCGAGACAAUAGCGGCCGGAGUUCCGGUCGUGGCAUAUCCUCAAUGGACGGAUCAACCGACGAAUGCGAAGAUGAUCGAAGAAGUUUUCAAGAUGGGAGUUAGGGUUAAUCCAAGAGAAGAUGGGUUACUUGGGCAUGAAGAGUUAGAGAGAUGUAUUGGAGAUGUCAUGUUUGGUCCGAAAUCGGAGUUGCUGAAGAGAAGGUGUUUGGAGCUGAAGUUAGCGACGAAGACGGCUGUUUCGGACGGUGGAUCGUCGGACAAUAACAUCCAGAUGUUUGUGGAUGAGAUUAUUGCUGGUUCAUAA